AUGUGGUCUCGCCCCUACGCUAUGCCGAGGGACUACUUACUCCCUUUUCUCUCAGCUAGCCUCUUUGUCAUACAACUUGGUCUUUCGGUAAGUGACCUACCGUCCAUCAAGCUCAUGCAAGAUAUUGUAUGUGAGCAUGUCCAUCGAGUCGAUAGCCCUGAGCUUCUUCCAGAAGAGAAAUGUCGGGAUGAGCCGGUCCAGCAACGACUUAACUUCAUCAUGAUGGGGAUGCAAAUAUCCGCCACUAUUUCGGCUACCCUAGUUGCGUUCCCCUUGGGUGUUCUCUCAGAUCGAAUCGGCCGACUUCCUGUACUGGGUGCAAGUAUCUUCAGCAUGAUACUCUCAGAGUCAUACGCCAUGUUCGUAUGCUGGAAAUCAGACAUGAUCCCACUCGAAGCAAUUUGGUGUGUCGGUGUCGCACUUCUCUUUGGUGGAGGUCGAAGCGUUGCUGAGGCCAUGGUAUUUGCUAUCAUUGCGGACACGUGGGUUGUGGCCUCUGUACUUGCUGCUCAGCUCGUAGGCCCUAUGCUAUCAGGAGAGCUGGUUCGGUCGUCUGUAUGGAUGCCACUAUUCUUGUCCUUGGGCUUGGUACUCGGAGGCGGCAUCAUCCUAGUGAGCUUGACACCAGAGACACUCAAACUAAAGCAGCCUCGAGAGGAGGUAAGCGUUGGGCCGUAUGACUAUUGCCUAGAGUCGAACAUGUUGAGCCUGGAGCCUCCCAAGAGAACAUCCGUCAUGGUCACUUUUAAGUCGAUGUUCUCUAGGCCUCUCCUCUGGCUUAUCCCUGUUCAACUGGUCACUCAACCGUUCUAUACUUAUUGUAUCUUUGCGAAGCUUGGUCACACUUCUCACACUAUGCAUACUACUACCCGUCAUCACAUGUUUCUGGAGCAAACUCACACGUUCGUCAACUCAUCGCAGAUGCUCAAUUCUAGCUCGCGCGAGCUCGUUGCUAUUCUUAGCUGGCUGCCUCUGCAUGAUGAUGGUAACAAAGGAAGCCUUCAUCAUUGCAGGCCUAGCCGCGUCGGCACUGGGCUCGGUUCUACCUACGCUCUGCCGCGCCAUGUUAGUUGGGAUGACAGGGGAGGAGAGAGCCGGGAUGCUAUUCGGGCUGCUGGCGGUCUGUGA